AUGGAGAGCAGUGUUGUUUCUACAGCCUUUCCUACACAAAAAGAUUUGGAAAAUACUGAAAAGAUUAUUCAAAUUUUAAGAAAAGAAAAUAGAUUUCCAUCCGAAGAAGAGAAUAGAAAGAGAUUUGAAGUUCUUGCCAAAUUGGACGGAAUUAUUAAAGACUGGGUUAAAAAAGUGUGUCUCAAACAGGGAUUAUCAGAGGAUUUAGUUUACGAAGCAGGUUCAAAAUUGGUCACGUUUGGUUCGUUCCGUCUUGGUGUGCACGGUCCUGGUGCUGAUAUUGAUACAUUAUGUAUUGUUCCGAAUAUGAUAGAAAAACAUCAUUGCUUUACAGAUUUGUAUGAUAUUUUAAAGGAAAGACCAGAAAUUACAGAGUUAAAGGCUGUUCCAGAGGCCUAUGUGCCAUUGAUUACCAUGUCUUUUGAUGGAGUAGAAAUUGACUUGUUGUUUGCUAGACUUUCAAGAAACAAUAUUCCUCCAGAUUUGAAUAUCCUGGACGAGAGUAACCUUAAAGAUGUCGACGAUGAAACUCAACGUAGUCUGAACGGUCCACGUGUCGCCGAUGAAAUUUUAAAUCUAGUUCCCAACAAGGAAAGUUUCAUUACCACUCUGAGAUGUAUAAAAUUAUGGGCUUCCAGGCGAGCUGUGUACGGAAACAUUGUGGGUUAUCUAGGAGGUGUUGCAUAUGCCAUUUUAGUCGCUAAAAUUUGUCAAAUGUAUCCUAAUGCUGCUCCUUCAACGCUACUCUCUAAAUUUUUCUUUAUUUAUGGCCAAUGGCCUUGGGGAAAAGUUCCCGUAUUAUUGAAACCUAUUGAAGAAGGCAGUUAUGGUUUUAAGGUUUGGAAUCCAAAGGUAAAUCCAAGAGAUAAACAACACUUAAUGCCAAUUAUCACACCUGCCUACCCUUGUAUGAAUUCGACAUUUAACGUUUCUAAAUCAACUUUUAAAGAUAUGAUUAGUGAAUUUGAACGAAGUGCUGAAAUUGCGCAGAGAGCUGAAAAUGGUUUGGAAAGUUGGGAAGCACUCUUUGAAGAGACAGAUUUCUUUGUGAGGUAUAAUCAUUACAUUCAAAUUGAAAUUAAUACAUCCAAUGAGGUUGAUCACCUUAAAUGGACUGGUUUCAUUCAGUCUAAAAUCAGAUUUUUUAUUCAAAAACUUGAAACUGUACCCUCUCUGACCGUUCACAUCUAUCCUGAUUACUUCCAUAACCACCAACCAGCGAAUAAUUUAUUCUCGUCACAUUUCUUAAUUGGAUUGGAAUAUAAAAAGCCAAAGCCAGGAGAAGCAGUGGUCGAUCUCUCACCUCAAUUGCAAGAAUUUGAGAAAAUGUUGUUGGAAUGGCCGGACAAAAAGGAUACCAUGGAGAAACCAAUCAUUAAACCCAUCAAGAGAAGUCAAGUUCCAGAUUUUGUGCUUCCAAAGGAGAAGAAAAAGUUAUUCCUCAAAAGAAAUAAGGCACAGAAGAGAAAAGCUGAGGAAGAAUCAGCAACACCCAAACCGAGUGAACGUUCUCCUGAAGGGUCUACUGCCUCCACCACUGCAACAGCAACACCAGCAACCGCUGACUCCACUCAAGCGGCAGAUGCAAACUCUGACAGCACCACUGAUGCUGCUACCAUUUCUACGGCAACGACUGAGCCGUCAGCUAAAAAGGCAAAGGCAGAACAAAAAAAGGAGCAUCAAGUUGAAGUUUUAUUGGACACAGAAGACGAUGACUUGUUGGCAUUGUAUGAAAGUAACAGAAAAUAA